AUGUCCGACACCGUCACAAUUACAGUCGAAUUCUCGGGCGGCUUGGAGAUGCUGUUCGAUCAUGUCACCAAGCACGAGCUGACACUUUCAAAACACGCCGCCGACACCGACGGGAAAGCGCCCACGGUCGGCUACCUGGUCAAGUACAUCUGUGACCAGCUGAUGAAGGAUUCUCGGAAGGAACUCUUCGUCCUGGAUGGAGCAGUCCGACCUGGUAUUCUUGUUCUUAUCAACGACUCUGACUGGGAGCUUGAAGGCGAGCAUGAAUAUGAACUCCAAAAUCGUGACAACAUCCUAUUCGUCUCGACUCUGCACGGUGGCUGA